AAAAAAAAAAAAAAACACAACAACUCCUACUACUACAAGACGCCGCGCGUACACGCUGCAGCGGAGACGUGCACGUUUGUGGAGUACAGUGCCAUGCGAGGGGGGGCUGCAGGAGGCGGAGGGGGGGCCAAGCUGCUUGUGGUUGGAUAUUGGGUCACAUUUGGAUAACUUUUGGGAGAUCCGGGAGCUGCGGGAGUGGGAAUUCGGAAGGAUUUAUCCCCUCUUUUUUUUUUAAUUCUCUGAUUUCAUUCAUCUCACAUUUGGAAUUGUACGUCUUUUUGGGGAAGGGGGGGUCAUUCUGCUGAGGAAGGAUGGCAGCGUGGUUCACCUUCACCCUCGCAUUCAGCACCAUAGCACAGGUUUUUUGCUCGGGGGUUUUUGAGCUGCACCUCCACGAGUUUCGGAACCACAGGGGUCUGCUGGCCAACGGGAGCGCGUGCAAGCCCACCAGCUGCAGGACUUAUUUCAGGAUUUGUCUGAAGAACUACCAGGCCGUGGUCUCGCCGGGGGAUUGCAUUUUUGGGAGUACCAGGACGCCGGUGCUGGGCUCCAACUCCUUCAGUGGCACGCCGCCCGGACCCAUCCAGAUCCCCUUUAACUUUGGAUGGCCGGGCUCCUUUUCUUUAAUAAUUGAAGCCUGGCACUCUCCUCAUGGAAAUCUACCUGUAGAUACCGAAAACCAGGACUUUUUAAUAAGCUUUUUCGCCAUCCAAAGACAACUGAGCGUCGGCACCGACUGGUGUCAGGACACGCAGACGGCCGAGCAGACCGAGCUGAGGUAUUCCUAUCGCUUCGUCUGCAACGACAGCUACUACGGCGAGAGCUGUUCCAAGAAAUGCACGGCCAGGGACGACCGAUUCGGACACUACACCUGCACCAGGGACGGACAGCUGUCCUGCCUUCCUGGCUGGAAGGGGAAAUACUGCGAUGAACCGAUCUGCCUGGAAGGCUGCAGCGAGAGGAACGGCAAUUGCUCCAAGCCUGGCGAGUGCGUGUGCAGAGAAGGCUGGCAGGGCACCUUCUGUGACGAGUGCAAGAAGUACCCGGCCUGCAAGCACGGCACCUGCCAGCUACCGUGGCAGUGCAACUGUGAGGAGGGCUGGGGAGGCCUAUUUUGUGACCAAGACUUGAACUUCUGCACGCACCACCAUCCCUGUGUCAACGGCGCCACCUGUAUGAACACGGGCCAGGGAAGCUACACGUGCACGUGCCUACCAGGGUUCACGGGGGUCAACUGCGAGCUGGAGAUGCAGGAGUGCGACAGCAACCCCUGCAGGAACGGAGGGAUCUGCACGAAUCUGGAGAGCGGCUACAUGUGCACGUGUCUAGAAGGCUUUGAGGGUUCUCACUGCGAGCACAGCCUCCUGACGUGCGACGAUUCGCCCUGCUUCCACGACGGCAAGUGCUGGGAGAAAGACAACGGGCGGAGCUACAUGUGCGAGUGUCCCCGCGGCUACACCGGACUCAACUGUGAGAAGAGAGUGGACAAGUGCACGUCGCUUCCCUGCGCUAAUGGUGGUCAGUGCCUGAUCCACGGUGGCAUGCGUGUUUGCAGUUGCCGUGCAGGAUUUACAGGCCAGCGCUGUGAGAUCAACAUCAACGAAUGCGCCGGCAACCCGUGCAUCAAUGGCGGCACCUGUCUGGACCGAAUCAACGACUACACUUGCGCCUGCGCGGCAGGCUACAGCGGACGUAACUGCGACAAAGUCCUGAACGAGUGCCCCCUACAUCCUUGCCUUAACGGUGGCGUCUGUACCGUCGGGCCCGGUAAAAGUCCAGGGACCUGCGUCUGUCCGCCUGGUUUCACCGGUCCGAGCUGCGAGUUCUUUGCCGCCGUGACUUCACAAGUGGGAGAGAUUCAAGAUGGCUUCCAGUGGGCGGCGGUCUCCCUGGCCGUGGGGCUGGUGGCGCUGCUGGUGCUGCUGUGCAUGGUGGGCUUGGCCUUGAGGCACAUCUACAGGCAGAGCCGCAGGCAGCACGACGACACAGAGACCAUGAACAACGUGUCCGGCGCUCAGAGGGACAACCUGAUCCCGGCGUCGCAGUUGAAAAACACCAACCAGAAAAUGAGUCUGGAGGUGGACUGUGACUCGGAGAAAUCGAACUUUAUCUAUAAAAACUAUCAUUUGGACCCUUACAGCUCGAAAACAAAGGAGUUUAAGGAUGAGAAGUCACAGGAGGACAAAAGUCUUAUUUAUGACAAGUGUUUAGAAGAGAAGAGACCCUUGAGUAGAGUGUGCAGUGAAAAGCCGGAGUGUAGGAUAUCCACAAUAUGCUCCCCCAGAGACUCCAUGUACCAGUCGGUAUUUGUCAUAGCCGAGGAAAGGAGGGAGUGUGUCAUAGCCACCGAGGUUUAAAACUGUGAGCGACGCAGGAAGAGAGGACACACAAUCGAGGCAGAAUUCAACAUUCUGGAUUGUUUACAAAUGCCGAGGAGAAGAGACUAGAGAGGUUUUUCCAUGUCCACUGCUGCUCUCUGGAACACUUGAGGGACCCAUGAGAAGCCUGCAAGGCCUGAGCAGUGGGAGAACAUUAACUUAUCAUCUCUCGGACUUGUCAGAAGGAGGUGAAGGUGGAUUGCCCGCCGCUCCUUUCCUGGCCUUGUGUGAUAAUCACUCUUACCAGCCAACCAAUCAGUGAAAGUUGCCUGAGAUUUUGAUCCCGUUCCGGAAAAUCCAACCCAACUUCUUUGCCCAAAAAAAAAAAAAAAAACCCAACCGCUGCUGCCACCUUCGCCUUCUAUGCAAAUAAAAAAAAACUCAGGGUGGAGCCCCACAAUCCGACGUCACAAACACUGAGAGUAAUGAAUGUCUGAAACGUCGUCUGCAAGAAUGAAGACGACAUGCAGCCGAAUUUCACUAGAAGCCUUAAAAGUGGGAUGUGUCGCUUCAUCUGUGCCCUUGCUUGUCUCCUCUUGGAUUGUUUGCACUACAAAAAAAAAAGUGGGGCGAAAUUAACAAGGUAUGGAAGCCCGUUUCGCCACUGAAAGAAAAGAAUAUCCCUAUGCGAAGUUGCAAUUAUGAGAUAAAAAUUCUGAAUUAUGAGACUAAAAUGUCAAAAUUAUGAGAUAAAAAGUCUUCAAUAUGAAGUAAGUGAAAAUUAUGAUAUAAGAAGUCACAAUUAUGAGAUAAAGUGAAAAUGAUGUGAAAAAAGUCAUAAUUAUGAAGUGAAAAAGUGAAAAUGAUGUGAUCAAAAAGCCAUAAUUAUGAAGUGAAAAAGAUGUGAUAAAAAGUCAUAAUUAUGAGAUACAAUGUCAAAAUUCUGAGAUAUAAACUGUGUAUGAUAUUGAUCACAUGGCACUGGGCACAUAAUCUAAAUAAAUAAAUCUCAUAAUUGUGACUUUUCACCGCAUCAAUUCCCACUGGGAUCUUUUUUUUUUUCUUGGAGCAGCGUAGCGGGCCUCCAUGAGAAGGACUGUGAAGAGAAGCAUGCAUAGAAGUGUUUCUAUGCAACCCAAACCAGAUCACACCACUGCCUGCCUACGACACAUUUCACAUCUACACAACCACUUUUUUUAAAGUGAUUAUUUCCAGAGUUUAAUUUAAAUACGACACAUUGCUCUUUAUAUGUUUUAUAAUAUUAUUUUGUAUAUAAUGCAUAUUUAUAAGGACCAAACUUCUGAGGAAUAAAUUUUUUUGUGGAAAAAGAAGAGUUCAAAGAGC